AUGAGUGGAGAAGAACGAUGGGCGGACGAUGUGCUGACCAAGGAAUUGCUCGCAUCGUGGACUAUUGCACAUCUCAAGAUGAUCAAUGGACUCGAACACAUCGUUCUCCAUUCUCUCAAGAUAACACUUUGGUCGAGGUUCAAAGAGAACCUGUUCAGCGUGCCCGGGUCCGAAAUGACGGUGCUCGACGUCAACAGGACCGCUUGA